GCCACCGCGUCACAUCCAUGUGUCACAACAACAAAAGACGAUAAAAGCAAUAAUUGAUCAAAUGUUUUUUUUGAUUCACUACCGAUGUCAUUUGAGAGUAUGCAGCUUAUUAAUACAGUUUCAUCGGAAAUGAACCAAACUGACAGAUUUCACAAACGUUGAAGGCGAAAUAUCUGCUUUCCAGAUAUUAAAAUGAUUCGUAUCGCAGCGCUAAAUGCUGCUGCAACAGCAACAGAUGAGUCUCAGGACCCCUUGAGAAGCAACAAGAGUCAGACGAAAGAGGCCCAAGAAGCAGAGGCUUUUGCUUUAUAUCACAAGGCUUUAGAUCUGCAAAAACAUGACAAGUUUGAGGAGUCUGCCAAAGCCUAUCAUGAGCUCCUCAAAACUCCACUGCUCAAAGAGGCCCUGCCCUCAGAUGACCAGAGAGUUGGUCUCAAGCAUCCUGGACUGAUGUUGAAAUAUUCCACUUUUAAAAACUUGGCAAGCAUGGCUGCAUCUCGUGAUGACCUCGAAACAGCUAUGGAGUUUUAUUUGGAGGCAGUCAUGUUGGAUUCCACUGACGUGAACAUGUGGUACAAAAUUGGUCAGCUGGCUGUGCGGCUGGUGCGCAUCCCUCUCGCUCGCCACGCAUUUGAGGAGGGAUUGCACUGCAACGAAGACCACUGGCCGUGCCUGGACAACCUCAUAACUGUUCUGUACACACUCAGUGACUACACUUGCUGUUUGUACUUCAUUGCCAAAGCCCUACAGAAGGAUCAUUGUUAUACUAAAGGCCUAGUGUUGAAGGAAAAGAUCUUUCAGGAACAGCCUUGUUUAAAGAGGGAUACGAUGCAGAUGUUCCUGAAAUGCAACAUGUCAGUCCACUACGUGGUAGUGGAUGAAGAGGAGCGGAGAUCCAUCGUGGAGGAGGCUCUGGACAUAAGGAGGCGCAGGCAGGCUCUUUCUAGCUGUGACCCAAAGCCUGACCUGGUCCUGAUUCAGCCCAUCCUCUGCCUCUCGUGGAAGCAUGUCGGUGAAAAACUUCUUGCAAUGUACAAACAUCAGACCACAUGUGAGCCACCGCGCCCAAGCCUCGGCCGUAGAAUAGACCUGUCAGAGUACCGGGACCAGAACUUCCUCCAGACCCUCCCCCAGCCGAGCAGCCCCGUCAGCCUGGGUCAGCCCACGAUCCUGAGCAGCAGCCCCAGCUCUUCUCUGCCUCCAGUCAUCUUCCCUGAGCCACCAGUGCUGCCCCAUUCUGGCUCUCAACCUCAGGUUACCCUGAGUCAGACCACCGUGGAGGUCACAACCUCUGCUCCACCUACCGCUACAGCGAUGGAGGUUUCUCUGACGGAUAAAGCGAAGAAGGCUCCAAAAAGGAAGCGUGCGGUGGAGGAUAGUGGGGAAACGGCGAAGCGCCGCUCGGCACGUGUCAGAAACACAAAAUGCAAGAAAGAAGAGAAGAUUGACUUUCAGGAACUGCUAUUUAAAUACCUACCUUCCCGGUUAAAGAAGUUUGAUCCUGAUAAUGAUGACGAGAGCCUCAGUAAUCUUGAGGCGCAGUGCGAUGGGAAGGAGGAUAUCCAGCAGCUGCAUGGAAGUCUCCUGCCGGUGGACUCGGUUGAAAUCAUGGAAUCUGAGCAACAGGAUGUCCACACCUUCCUCAUCAGUAAUAUCACCAAUGGGGGUAUACUGGAUCUGAUGAUGUGCUACCUGAAAGCAGUUGGUGAGAAGUUCCUGGAGGAAUGGCCCCGGGGGCUGACGGCGGUGGUGCUGGAGGUCUAUCAGACCUGGAGGAAGCACAGCAGCGGCCUGCCCAACCCUCUGCUCCGGGACUGCAGCAACCAGCACAUCCGGAAAAUGUUGGCGAUGAGUCUGGCCUGCAUGGAGCUGCAGUUGGAACAGUGGUUACACAACAAAGGGAAGACUGUUACUCCCAGAAGAAGCAGCGGUGAUGAUGCAGCUGACUCAGACUUUCCAGGGCAGCACUUCCAGGGAGAUCUUUUACUCCUAGCUCUGGGUUCCUCCCAAAGAGAUCUCUUUGAGGACGACUGGUUAGACGUCAUGGUACGCGUCUACUGGCUGAAGGCACGAUUCUUGGCACUGCAGGGAGACAUGGAAUCGGCCCUCGAGAGCUAUGACGUGUGCACAGGCUUGUUGCAGAGCAAACCAAAGACCCCCGACAGGAAACACUACACUAUUAGCCUGCCUAAUCUGCGUGUAGAUGCAGCCAUAUCUGUGGAGGAGAUUGAUAAAAGGCUGAAGUCGCUGGAGCGCUGUCAGUCUCUAGAAGAGAUCCAGCGACUCUUCGAGUCUGCAGACUUCGAGUCGGUGGUGCGCCUGCUGCAGCCUACGCUUAAUUACGGAAACAGGAUCAAACCUAUGGAGUUUGUGAGCUCAGCACCAGAGCGUCCUGCACAGCUGAUGCUCCUGGAGAAUUCGCUGCUGAAGCUGCGGGACUAUCAGCAGUGUCUGGAGUGCAGCGAGCUGGCUCUGAACGAGGCCCUGCAGCAGCUCAGCUCUGCUCCCAGCGGCUCCGCCCCGAGCAAGGAGGAGUGGGUCAGCACCAUCAGGAAGUUGCUGGAUGGCAUAGAAGUCUGCUUCAGCGAAGAAUCUGGCCUGCUCAGCAAUGUUCCCCACUCCUCUAGCAUUGCUCGGCUGGCAAACAACCUCAUCCAGCUAAUUGAUCUCAGCAUGGCCAUUUCAGAUGAUCCCAAGGAGCCUUAUUUCUUCUCAGUCCUGCCUUGGAUUAUCCUCUAUCGCAUUAUUAAACACGAGGAGUCUGCGUUCGACUGUAUGCUGCGACAGCAUAUAUCUUUAGAUGAUGAUGAAGAUGAGUCGGACGUUCCCAUGCUGCCGUCCUCGCUCAUGCUUUUGAACACGGCACAUGAAUACCUUGGCCGUCGCUCCUUGUGUUGCAGCUCAGACGGCGCUCUCCUUAAAUUCUUUGUCCGAGUUUUGGAGAAAGAGUUUGCUUCAAGCCGCAACGAGAGCCAUCCCUAUAAAGAGGAGUUGGAGAUGGCGUUAGAACAGUGCUUCUUCUGCCUGUACGCCUACCCCAGCAAGAAGAGCAAGGCCCGCUACCUGGAGGACCACUCAUCGCCACAGGUGGAUCUUCUCUGGAGUGAUGUUCUCUUCAUGUUCCAGUAUUUCAAACCCAAGUCCUUGCCCGACUUCGACAGCUAUAAAACCAGCACGGUGUCCGCAGAGUUGGCCAAUCUGCUGAGGAGGUUUUCUGGCAUCGCCCCCGCGAGCGACACCCCCACCCUCACCAUGGAUGAAGUGGCCGCCUACAUCGAGGGGAUGACGGAAAAGGCCCCGGGCCUUCCUGAGGGGAGUUCCCCUGCACCUCCGAUCAUCAAUGAGAUCUACUACCUGCUGGCUGAUUAUCAUUUCAAAAAUAAGGAGCAGUCCAAAGCGAUCAAGUUCUACAUGCACGACAUCUGCGUGUGUCCCAAAAGGUUCGACUCCUGGGCAGGUAUGGCUUUGGCCAGGGCCAGCCGUAUACAAGAAAAGCUCAAUUCCAAUGAGCUGAAAAGUGACGUCCCCAUAUGGAAACACUCCCAAGCUGUGCUUAAUUGCUUUAAGAGGGCCCUGGAGAUAGACGCCUCCAACUUAUCCCUCUGGAUUGAGUAUGGCACCAUAUCAUACGCACUGCAUUCAUUUGCCUCACGGCAGCUCAAGCAGUGGAGAAACGAGCUUCCUCCAGAGGUUGUUAAACAGAUGGAGGAAAGGAGAGACUCCAUGUUGGAGACGGCGUCUCAGUGUUUCCAAGGGGCCUCCCGUUGUGAGGGGGACAGUGAUGAAGAAGAGUGGCUCAUUCACUACAUGCUGGGGAAGAUAGCAGAGAAACGCAAGAAACCUCCAGUAGAAUAUCUGCAUCUUUACAAAAAGGCAGCACACUAUCUGCAUGAAGAAGCUGCCAGGUAUCCUAGGAAAAUUCAUUACCAUAACCCUCCCGACCUGGCCAUGGAGGCUCUGGAGUUGCAUUUCCGUCUGAGUGCCACCAUCCUGAAGUCACUAGAGGCUGGUGAUGCAGAUCUGGAUCAUGAGCUCCUGUUCAACUUGCUGGUUGAAGCAGCUACAGGGUCAUUUGCAAGGGGGGAAGAGAAGAGUAUGCCAAGCAUGCCGAGAUCCCAUGAAAAAGAAAAACCAUCCUCAAUGAUGGAUGAAGACUUUAACUGUUCCCCAGUUUGCAUAGGGAAUGUCCUCAGCUCCUCCCUUCCAUCAGCUGCCACUCCAGGUCUGACAUCUCCUCCUUACGUGGCCACGCCAUUUGACCAUGAUUACGCCAAACGCAAAACACUCCGAAGGCAGCAGUGGCAGCAGCAACGGCAUGAGGAGCGGCAGGCUGAUGCCUCACCAGGGUUUGACCAUGAUUACUGCCUGCCCUCGUCUGCAAUAUGGCUGGCUUCCCUCAAUGAGCGCAGUCAGGAUAGCGAGAUGGUGUUGCUUUCUGACUCAAACUCCACCCAGGAUCCCUUCACAGAUCCCACCAGCUCACAGGACAGCAGCCACAAACCUGCCUCCGUCAAAGCCAUGUCGUCAUCGUCAGAAAGCACCACGCCCGUGAAGGACGGGCAGCCCGCACCCGAGGACACAGCCUCACAUAAAGAUCAUAUCGGCAUCCAAACGGAGGAGAAAUGUGUCCAGGAGGAAGUAGAAACCCUGGUGCUGAUAGUUCCUGAAGAUUCUGCCACUAAAGUCCCCACGGACCCCGGUCCUCUUCCCCUUCCAGUCCCGGCCACCCCUCCGAAGCUCACGCCCUCCCAGCAGGCGGCUGCUCAGACUCCAGCCAGCGAUGGGAAGAAGAAGCCAGAGCCCCCCGUGGAGGUGAUUGAAGUGCCCAAAGCCCUGCCCGCCGAUCGAGCCGAUCAGAGGCGAAUGCUGGUGGAAAUGUGCGUCCGCGCGCUCUUUCUCUGCCUCAGCCGCUUCCCCCAGCACUACAAGAGUCUGUACCGCAUGGCCUACUUCUACAGCAGCAGCCGUAGCCACCAGAACCUACAGUGGGCCAGAGAUGUGUUGCUAGGAAGCAGUGUCCCAUGGCAACAGCUAAAGCACAUGCCAGCACAAGGACUUUUCUGUGAAAGGAACAAGACGAAUCUAUUCAAUGGGAUCUGGCGUAUUCCAGUGGAUGAGAUUGAUCGCCCAGGAAGUUUUGCAUCUCAUAUGAACCGAUCUAUAGUUCUCUUGCUGGAGGUGCUGUCUCAGCUAAAAGAUCACGAUACUCUGCUGAAAGUCUCUUUCAUGCUGCAUAGAACCCCUGACCAAGGAAAGAAGUAUUUACGCGAUGUUGAUCGCCAGGUUUUGGCCAAGAGAGCAUUUUUCCUAAGUGUAAAAGUCCUGGAAGACAAUCUGAACACACUCUCAGGGUCGGAGCAGCUUCCCAAAGCGCCUGCGCCCUCUAUGGGGGAGAUGACCACAACAGACGCAUCCAAAAGGCCCAGUUCAGAGGACAGCAAACACACGCCGCCUAAAAAGCCCGGGCUCGCAGAGGGAACCUGUGCCACGGACACCGGGCUCAGGGAGACCUCUCAGGCACAGCUCACCCCGCCGCUGCUGCCGACAGAUAAAGGGAGUAAUCAUCAGGAGGGCUUUCCCGGGAAGGUGGAGACUGCUGGGAAUGAGGGGCACAAAGCAGCGCCGGAGGAACCCAUGGAGCUGGCCGCGAGCCAUUGGAGGAAGCCCUCUAGCACCGCGGAUUCUCAGGGCGGCCAGAUGGACGCCGGGAGCUCCGUAAGUGGAUUAGACGCCCAGCAGAAAGUGACUGAAAUCAGCCGGACACCGGAUCUGUCUCUGGAGGAGCUGAGCAUCAGUUCCAGACAGCAGCAGCUUCAAGCCUCAGCACUAAAGCUCACUAUUGCAGCCAGCGGGACCGAUCAGGGCUUACUACGAAAGCCAAACAGGAAAAGGAAACUUCUAGAGGAUGUGGAGUCGGGAAAAACCCUUCUGCUCGACGCGUACCGAGUGUGGCAGCAGGGUCAGAAAUUCAUGACCUACGACCUGGGACGCAUCGAGAAGAUCAUGUCAGAGACUUAUAUGCUCAUAAAACAGGUUGAUGAGGAUGUAGCUCUGGACCAGGCCGUAAAGUUCUGCCAGAUACAGCUGGCAGCUUCUGCACAAAGACAGCAGCCUGCUGGAGACGCCCCGACCACACCCAAGUUUACCAAGGAGCACAGAGACAUCUUCUUCCCCGCGUCCCUGCCGACGCCCGUCCUGCUCAGCCACUCCACCUUCCACCCGCUGUCCUGCAAGGACGGCCAGGCCAAGGCAGCGUACGAACCCCUGAGCAAGCUUCCCCGACCUCCGGCCUCUUUCUACGACCCGUCGCAGCAGAGGAGAGCAGCCGGCCAGUCGGCUGCAGCCAUGGCCUUCCUGCCCCACACAGAGGAGCGGGAGGAGCCGUCGGAGGGACUUCUGUACCGGCAGCAGGAGUCACAUCUUUGUCAGCAGAUGAAACUCGCCACCGUCUCCCAGGGGCAAGAGCCGCCAGCCGGCUGGUUCCAGGAGGAACCCGCAACAUGUAGCAGCACACGCCCAGACCAGCAGCAGUAUUCCAGCAACGAGCUGUCCAAGCUUCCAGAUCCCUGCAGAAUCCGCUCCAGAAUCCCAGCCAACAUGCCAAAGCUUUUCAUCCCUUCCACCGUCACCAAGUUCCCACCAGAAAUCACAGUAACGCCUCCGACCCCCACGCUGCUGUCCCCUAAAGGCAGCAUCUCAGAGGAAACCAAACAGAGACUUAAGAACGUUAUCUUGUCCUCCCAGUCUGCCGCCACCGUCAAGAAGGACACGCUGAGCCAGCCGGCGCUGGAGGUGCAGGAGACGUCCAGCCAGGAGUCGUCGCUGGAGAGCGAGUCGGACGAGGAGGACGAUUACAUGGACAUCUGAGAGUGAACUGUCGUCACGUCCUGGCCCGACUGACAAACGUCUUUUCAAAAAAGGAUUUGUUUCUAGUGCAACUACAAACGCAUGGAGUGCUGCUGGGUGUAUGAAAAGUAUACUUCAGGUGCUCUUCGGCAUGGGGAUCCAAAAGAUUGAAAAACAAUUUAGAAAAACCGAGGCACUCAAGAAGUUAGAAAAAUAUAAAAAGCCUUUAUUGAA